CAGUGGGCCGGGCUGCAGAGACGGUCACGUCAGCGUCCAUUCACGGCUGACUGGCGGCCUCUGCCCGACGUGGACGUCAGCACUGAUGUUAAAAAUAAUGGAUGUCUCGAGGGGCAGGGCGCCAAGGGUACCGCCGGAGACCAGCGGCCCAGGAAGGCGCGUCCAGGCCCCGCGCUCACUUGCUGUCUUCCUCUCCAGCUUCCCGAGGCCCCAGACCCGCUGAGGAUGCGUCUUCAGCUUUCCCGAAGGAUGGGGCAAAAAAAGCGAAUAGCAGAGAAAGAGUUGCAGCAGAGCCCACUGGACACAGCCCAGUCGCCUUCCCCAAAGGAGCCCCACUUGAGACCAGCCUCUUCCCUGGGCCCACAGUGCAGCAUCUAUUUCUCCAGCCCAAAGAGCCACCCUGCCCGGCUAGGAACAGAGUUUUUUGACCAGCCAGCCAUCCCCCUGGCCCGCGCCUUUCUGGGACAGGUCCUUGUCCGGCGACUUGCUGACGGCACAGAGCUCCGUGGCCGCAUUGUGGAGACUGAGGCAUACUUGGGACCAGAGGAUGAAGCUGCCCACUCAAGGGGUGGCCGGCAGACCACCCGCAACCGCGGCAUGUUCAUGAAACCCGGGACCCUGUAUGUGUACAUUAUCUAUGGGAUGUACUUCUGCAUGAAUGUCUCUAGCCAAGGGGAUGGCGCUUGUGUCCUACUGCGAGCACUUGAGCCCCUUGGGGGUCUGGAAACUAUGCGCCAGCUUCGCAACAACCUCCGGAAAGGCACCCUUAGCCGGACCCUCAAGGACCGUGAGCUCUGUAACGGUCCCUCUAAGCUGUGCCAAGCCCUGGCUAUUGACAAGAGCUUUGACCAGCGGGACCUGGCCCAGGACGAGGCCAUGUGGCUGGAGUAUGGUCUGCUGGGCCCCAGUAGACCAGCCGUGGUGGCAGCAGCCCGUGUGGGCAUUGGCAACGCAGGGGAGUGGACCCAAAAGCCCCUGCGCUUCUACUUCCAGGGCAGCCCAUGGGUGAGUGUGGUGGACAAAGCAGCUGAGCAGAAGAACACACAGACCUGAGCAAAGAGCCCACUUAGGCUUUU